CAUAAUUGCUAUUAUAAAAUGAAAAUUUAUAAUUGUUACAAGAAUCUUUAAAUGUAUAUUCACUACGUUAGUCAAUUUAAACUUGUAUAUAACCUUAGUCUUAAUUGUUUAUAAUUUAUAAUAGUCAUUUCAUCUCAUUUAACGUAAACAUUCUUGUAAAUUCUCUUCUUUUCUACUUUUUUGCAAUCAGAUUUUAGUUUUUGCUCAAUGAUUUGAACAUUUUCCUUGAAGUUGAUUACAGAUGAAGUUGGCUGCAAAAAAUUGAUUUAUCGAUAUUCAUCGAGAAUAUUUCUAUAGUCUUAACGCUAGUUAAUUAGAAUAAAUGAUCUUGAUAUAAUUUAUUGUGUGAUUUUAUACGACUUAAAUGAAUCGUUAAUUGCAGCAAUUUCAGUGUGAUUUAUCGACCAUUCUAAUUUUUUAUCCUUGUUUCUUAUUUUAAAGCUUUAGAUGCCGCUGCCUGCAAAAAGUCUACGUGUGUGUACGUGUGUGCAUGUGUGCAUGGUGUGCGUGGUGUAUGUUGUGUAUCAAAGAUCGAUGACACGACAUCGAUUGUCAGACUUUUAUAAUACUGGACUCGUCGUUACGGAUUAGUAUCGAUUUCUUUGUAAUUCGAGGAAAAAGACGAUGGGGAAGAAAAGUUGAUGAAUCAUCGAAAUGAACGUUGGAGGAUUACAAGAUUCUGUUUCUCACCAGCAAGGGACAGUGAUAGAUGUGCAACAUAAGGCACGCGCGUGGAACGUGCUUGGUCUCGGUGCGUGGAUAAUCAAGGAGCGCAGGAGCAAUAUCAAGAUCAAUUACGUGCCUCGUGUUCACUCGCCAACCGGCUGGAAACAAUAUGCGGAUUUCCCUAUGGAAUCAGUCCCGUUCACGGACAAAUAAUUACCAUUAUCGCGUACUGUUUCGUCGAAGAACGACUAAUCCAACAGCUUCUAAACUACAGUCAUCUUCGUCGUGAGUUCUCCAUUGCGGAGGGAUGUCUGGCCGUGAUAUCCGGUCGCGCACGCGCACGCGCACACCGCGCGGCUUGUUCCGGUGUGCAGCUGUUGUAACCGCGGUUUCAAGUCCUCCUCCGAAGCCUGGCAUAACAUAUAAUAACGACUAUGAUACAAGUACGUUCUACAGACGAUUUCACUUUUAGCCAAGAGGCUGCAUCCUCGUCUCGCCGUCAGCGAGACAGAACCUGCCUGCCUCCUCCGAGCACGCGUUCGCGCCAGCCUUCCUUUCCUCUCUUUCUUUUGCCUCUGUUGUAUUUCACACUCAAGCGGAUUAUGAGACGGCACGAACGAUAAUCAUACUGCUGUACACGCUGGACCACCGUGUAUCCUGCGUGUAAUGUAUUCUUAAAGAUAUUCGUAUGCCUGUUGUGUACAGAUAUAUAUAUACUAAACUACUAUUACAAUAUACGCAG